GCGAUGACGCAGGUUUGAGCCAUGAAGAUGCUUUAAAGUCCAGAGGCUUCGUGUGUGGUGGUCUUACGGAGAAGAACACUUGCAACAUAUCCAGAAGGAAGCCUCAAUGCCCGCAAAAGACACGUUGAUGUCGCUGACAUAUCGAAUAUAAGUUCCUCACAAGUUGCGGCGGGAAGGCUUGAAGUUUGCGCCGCCAAGUGGAGCUUUUUGCAGAAGACACGUUUGAAGAACAUCUCUCCAACAUUGGGACAAGUGGCGUCAUGUGCAGCUCUGUGCGUGUGUUGUUGUUGGCCUUGCUUGCGGCGUCCAGCGGCGUGGCUGAGGAGGACAUAGACGUGGUGGUCUUCCUGCCCAAAAACGACUCUUACCUCUUCUCCUACGCGAGGGUCGCGCCGGCGGUUCUUUACGCGCAGAUGAAGCUGCAGGCAUCAGGAGCGCCUUUCUCCAGCUUCCACUUCAACAUCCACUUUGAGAGCUCCAACUGUGUCAACGAUGCCCUCUUCCACUUGUUGGACAGGUCGUGCGGGAAGAAGCCGGACCUGAUCCUGGGUCCGGUGUGCGAGUACGAGGCGGCGGCGGUGGUGCGGCUGGCGUCCCACUGGAACAUUCCGGUCAUCUCAGCAGGUGCCCUGGCCGCCGCCUUCAGCGACAAGAAGACGGAGUUCUCCCAUCUCACACGCAUCGCUCCGUCCUACGGCAAGAUGGCAGAGACCUUCAGCGCGAUCUUCAAGUACUUCUCGUGGAGGACCGCCGUCCUGGUCUACGAGGACGACAAGGAGGACCGGAACUGUUACUUCACGGUGGAGGGCAUCUAUCAUCUCAUGGCUGACAUGAACAUUAAAACCUAUUCUGUGUCCCACGACGACCACGUGGACGCUGAGGACAUCAUCCAAAGCGUGUAUGACACUCAAGUGGUGAUCUUGUGUAUGGAAGCCAACAAAAUUCGAGAAAUUAUGCUUGCUGCACACCGUCGACGACUGACCAAUGGAAGUCACAUGUUCUUCAACAUCGAACUCUUCAACGCCUCCUCUUACGGCAACGGCUCGUGGAGGAGAGGAGACAAAUUCGACAAGGAUGCAAGGCAAGCCUACGCAUACUUGAACACUGUCACGCUGCUUCGGACUGUCAAGCCGGAGUUUGAGAACUUCUCGGUGGAAAUUAAAAAGGCCAGUGAAAGUAUGGGACUGGACAACUGCAAAGACUGUGGAAGUGUCAACAUGUUUGUUGAGGGAUUCCACGAUGCCUUGUUGCUUUAUGCCAUUGCUUUGCAUGGAGCCAUGAAAAAGGGAUACAGUAAGAAGAACGGAACCGAAAUCACAUCAGAAAUGUGGAACAGAACUUUUGAAGGAAUUGCUGGUCAGGUAUCCAUGGAUGUUAAUGGGGACAGAAAUGGAGAUUUCUCUUUGAUGGCAAUGACCAAUGUUGAUGCAGGAACGUAUGAGGUGGUGGCCAAUUACUAUGGUAUGAAUGGAACCUUUGAGCUCCUGUCCAGCUUCAACCAUGACCAUUUCACUCUGGAAGAGAUACAGAUCACUCAAACGGAGAUAUCAGACACAUCGUGUGGACUUGGAGUGUCAGCUUUGACUGGAGUCAUUGUGGGAACUGUUCUGGGAACCACGAUGCUCAUAGCAUACUACUUUUUCAGGAAAAAUUACAGGAUUACCAUCGAGCGUCGAGCACACAGUGAAGAGUGCACCGCGGGGAAGCACCGCCAGUUACGAGAGGACUCCAUCAGAUCAAACUUCUCCGCUGCUUAAACGUUGCCACAGGAUUCCCCUUGACGGUGACACGCAGCAGUGCUUUUAGGGAGGGGUUGUGUUUUUUUAACUUCCAAACCUACUGUAUCUCAGGACAACUACUGUCUCGAAGCACCACUUGUGUGUUUUUCUUCACAAGUGAGUAUUUGUAUGGGUGUCAAUUUUAUUCUUCUUUGAGAAUUUUAUACAGAUAUAGGUGUUUUUUUAAUAUAUACACUGUAAACAAAACCAUAGUUUUGACAUUAAUGAAUGACUUACAUACCGUAGGUAUAUGUGAUGCUACGUUGUCUACUUUGGUGGUCGGAACUGUUGAUGGGACUCAUGGAAGUCACAUUUUCAUUGUUUUAUUUAAAAUGCAGCCUGUCACAAAUAAUUAAAAAAAGUAGGAUUAUGUAAGAGAAGCAUGUGCUCGAUGCUCACUGGACACACAAUGUGGAAGCGCCGCCAUAAUCAACACAGGACAACACUCUUGUUGAUGCUUUGCUAACUGAUACUGCUUUGUGGAGAACGAAGCUGCAGGUGCCAUCAGACGCUUGCACCAAUGUCAUUUUCAUUUCAUUCAUGAUUUUUUUAGACUGUUCGUUUUCCAGGGUGAAAUGAUUAAACAACGUACAUCUUCAGCGAUUAAACAAUAAUCGGGUGUACAAGAUUUAAGUUAUUUCAUUAAUAAUAAUAAUAAUAAUAAUAACUAAUAUUAAAAUAAAUGAUAAUAAUAAAUGUCUAUAUAAAAUGAAAUCAUAAUCCAGUGGAACCUUGGUUAGCGUCAUUAAUCCGUUCCAGAAGGUCAGACUCGAACCGAAAUGUACUCUGUUUCGAUAAGAAAUCAUGUAAAUCCAAUUAAUCCGUUGCAGAAAGCCAAAAAUGUUAACACAAAACAAGUUUUUAGGGUUUUACAAUUAUAGUUUUUCAUGGAGAAAACAAUUAAAAAUGCAUAUACAUACUGUACAUAUAAAAGAUGAAUGAAAGGAAAAAAUGAAAAAAAUUUAAGGUUACUGUUACCUUCAUUGAAGAUGUGAUUGCUGCCAAAGACACGGAGCUGUCGCGAGAUCGACGUGGACACCAUCUUCGUGUUUUGCCGUGAGUUAUUUGCCACGCUUGCUAUGAGUUAUUUUAUUUAGUGGUACUCGCCACAAAGUCUGUGCUUUUCUUUUGAUCACGGCUGCAAAACAAGCCAAAAUGGAGCCAAAGAAAGUUGCAAGUGCCAGCAUUUUGAUAAAGAAGGUGAGAAACACUAUUGAAUUAAGAAGUAACUCAUAGCCAAACACCAAGGUGGUGUCCGUGUUGAUCUCUCUGCCACAUCGUGUCUUUGUCAGCAAUCACCUCUUCAAUGAAGGUAAAAGUAACCUUAAAUGUUCAUUUAUCCCUUUCAUUGGUCGUUUAUAUGCAUUUAGAAAACUACAAAAAGGUGUUUUGUGUUAACAUUUUCGAGGCUUGCGACGUAAUUUUUUGUUAGCAAAGAAGUACAGAGUCAACCGCUGAUGACAUCAUAGACUUUCGCUUCCUGUUUCCACAUAUUAACAAGCGGCUAACAAGGAUGUUUUGCGAUAAAAAUACAUUAAAAGUACAGUUGCGCUCACGCAGCGUGUUAACACGACAAAACGCGUGCAGUAUCGUACGCUAACUUGAGCAUGUAUGCAGAGCGAGGACACAUUUUGGCAUAAGGUUUCUACGUUACCCGAAGCAUACGCUAAACGAGGUUCCGCUGUAUUAAUAUUUGGAUAUGUCCCCACUUUGCCAAGGUCUGGAGCUUGCACUGUAUAUAUUUUUUUACAUUUCCAAACCUGUUUAUUGAAAUAUUCAAUUGCCGCCCGCUAGAGAAAUGGUGCCACUGAAUUCAUUCUCAGAAGACGCUGGCUGACUUUACGUGUUGCAUUUAUGAAGCUACGUAUAAAAUGUGCCAAAUAGUUUUAAUACUACGCUACACUCCCUUGCUGCAUUCCGUACGAAAUCUGGAGGGUUAAGCAUUCUCUCCUGACAUCAUUUAUUUCUAUUUCUAUUCCUCCACAUUAGCAUGUGUUUCUCUGACAACUGAAUGUACCGCAUGAAAAAGAAGUAUUUGAUCCGCCCUGCUAAUUUUGUAAACAAACAAUGACGCUAAUCCCCAUGACAGACCCACAAAGGCAAACGUCCUGUCAUGACAACCCCCCCCGGCGCAUUCUCAUAAACCUAUUGGCCAAUUUGAAAUGUGGAGGCGGGGUCUGGUGUUUGUAACGAUAUGUCAAUCUGUGAGAUGAGACGUUGCAACACAGCCGUCCAUACAAACGCACGUUUGUUAUUCAAAAUCUCACGAUUCAA